AUGAUUAUAGAAGCAAUUAACAAGGUUCGCGAGACUUUCUCUGGGUUAAAGGAUAGCCUCGGGAAAGUCACCAGCAUGCCUCUCAAUGGAGAUAAAGUCUUUGCUGAAGAAGCAGCUGGUUCUUCUACACGACAGGCUGAAGAAAGGAAAAAGUCGUCUUCAUCACCAAUUAGACAAACAACAGGGGUAGUAGGAAGCUAUGGACAAGGAUUCCAUCGGUCAGGUAACCCGAAAGCCGCACAGAAAAUAAUUCCUGGCGGCGUACGACCACGGAACAACUUGAAUAGUUCGAGGGCAUUAGUUGCUGCGACUCAUUCGCAACAAGAAUACUCUCAACCAAGAAAGCGCCCCAGGCCAGAUAAACCACAACUUCGCUACACUGGAGAGGGCAAAGGAAACCCGAGAUCUAGCCCAUCGCUUGAAUUCCCCAAGGGCACCGACGAAACGAUAGCUGGUAGCAACGGCGAACCGAUGAAUGGGCAUGUCUUGCACUCACCCAAAGCAAGACGAGGACCCCGGGGCCACGCUAUCUUAUCGCCAUUGCUGUUUCAACCUGAAAGACAAACCGACCACCACGACGAAGUUCUCUUGGCUAAAAGAUCUGAAGAUGUGAAGUGGGUGAGGAAAAGGCAAGUAGAGAGGGAUAUUUCAAACGCCGAAGGCCCAAGGGCUAUGAAGAAAAGGGCUGUGGAAGAUGACUAUAGCCCAUGGAGGAAUCCGAGUCCGUCUGACCCUCAACCUACGCCAUUUGUGAGAGGGCCUAGGCAUGCGGCUUCAUCUCCUAUCCCCGUUGGUUCAGGACGGCCCCAUAAACCCGAAUCCACAAAACCGGGGAAUUCCCUUCCUGUUAAGUCGGUGUGGCGUGGCGCAACCCGCAUCAGGGACGGCCCUCCAUUUUCGGAGCUUGGGAUUCGGGUUAAGGAUAAGGGGUUCUCUGUCGUCACAGCCUCUGAAAAAUACCCGGAUUUCAGCUCUGUAUAUGAAAACAUAGAGCACGCUGCGUAUCUUGAUGAUGAUAGUAACAUAGAGUUCCGCAACUUCGUUUUCCUCAAAUUGAAAAAUCGAGAGAAUGGUCUAGCUGGUGGGAUUUUGAUGGAAUUCCGAGCACUUCCUGACCCGGUAAAUCCUGGCCAGAAAUCUGACCUUGCACGAUUUCGAACACAGCUAGAACAGAAAGGAGUCAAGAUGGAACCGAAAAACCAUCUGUUUAUGCGGAAGCGUAUGGAAGACACUAAAGCGUAUCAAUACACCCAACUGGCACCGGAGGUCUCGGGGAGCCCGUGGGGGGAUUCGGGACUCCCGAAUCGGAUCCGCCCAAUCGAACCGAAGCCACAGCCACGAGAAGUAGAACGGCCAAGAACGCGCUCGAACCAAAUACCCCUAGACGAACACGAUUCGCGAGCUCAGGACCUUGAGCAGCCAGGGACCGGGACUGGGAGACCCAUACGCAAAAGCACUAGAACUGCCUACAAGAAAGAAGUUGUUGAAAUACCAAAGCCAAAGCCAGCACCAUUUCCCCCUCAGACGUGGAAUCAAACUUUGACAUUUCCUUUCGAGACACAAGGACCUUCAGAGUUGCUUGAUGCUUCGAGCCUUCGAACUCUUAAUCAUGAUGAAUUUCUGAACGAUGAAAUUAUCAACUUCCACCUCGCCACCGUCAAGGCGCGGCUCGCCAAAGAAAACCCGGAACUUGCACGCAAGGUCUACAUUGCUAACACCUACUUGUUUUCUGCUUUCAGUACGAAGACGGAAAGUGGGCAAUUCAACUAUGAAAAGGUGAAGAGAUGGACGAAGAACGCAAAUCUAUUUCAGAAAGAUCUCAUCUUUAUCCCAAUCAAUGAAAAGUAUCACUGGUUUGUCGCUGUCGUCUGCAAUCUGCCCGCCGCGCUUGCAGCUGCACAGGCCAGGGAAAGGAAAGCCGUUAUGGCCGACGAACUCGUUGCUAUAGAGCCGGCACAGAAGCCGAAAACAGCGCUUAAAAAUCGCCCUGUCCCGGCGGAGCAAUGUACAGUCGCUAUUCUCGAUUCCAUGGUUGGGUAUCACACAGCUACCUUGAAGGCUGUCAAGACCUAUCUAAUAUCCGAAGCAAAAGAAAAACAGAAGGUCACACUAGACCUGGAGGACUUUAUCGGGCUGAUGCCCCGAAAAUUGCCAGGACAGGAUAACUUUUCAGACUGCGGACUCUUCAUGCUCCAUUACAUCGAGAAGUGGCUCAGUGAGCCAACUAGAAUCAAGGAGAAACUCUAUGAGAGGGAUUUUGGGAGUGAAGAGGACGCGAGGAAGCUAUGGAGCAUAUCAGAGGUUGGGAAGAAGAGGGAGAGAAUGUGGAAGUUGUAUGUGAAGCUCAACGAGGAGUACGAGAAAUUCCUGAAAAAGGAGGCAUUCGACGAAUUCCCUGAAAUCGUCGAUGCUCCAACAGCCCGGGACAAAGGGCUGGAAGAGGAGAUGGACAGACCGACCAGCUCCCCCCGAAUGACCCAAGAUUUAGGGGUGACGGGGGCGACAAAAACUGUCGAAAGGUCCAAUUCUCCGGCGAAGAGAAAGUCGGACGGGCGAGAUGAAGCCGAUCGUCCUCCGAAGAGGGCGAAAUCAGGUAGCCCGGUGGUUGUUGUGGAACAACCCCGGGUCACCGCUGCGCCUGGACUUAGGCCUAGAAUAGCGUCGCCUGAGAUUCCCUCGAGCGACGAUGUGCCGUGUGUCUUGGAGGUCCCAGAAACGCAAGAUCUGGACCUCCAACGAAGAGCAAAAGCUCUUGAAAACUCUGACACACCUCUAAUUGCGGCCAAUGGCCUUAUCUCGCCUCCUUUUCCUGGGAACCCGAUGCGGGUGACCUAUGAGAUGUCCGAGCGAAUCGAACAAAUGGGUAAUUUUAGCCCCCCCUCCGCAAAAAGACGCCCGCCCAUGACUACAAGCCCCCAGCCAGAUAGCAUAGAUACUCCAUCAUACGUCGCUGCUGCAUCGUUUGGCGAUCUGUCAAUCGAUAGCAGCAUGGACUAUCAAGUCGAAUCUGGUGGAGUUAGCCCCACUAAGGGCGAUACUAUCAUGGGUGACGCACAUCCUCGUAAACCAAUCGAAGAGAUCGAAGAAACCGAGGACGAAAGCCUCGGUGAGCUCGCAUACAAUGGGGGACGAAAGAAGGGCAAGUCUGUGCAUGAGUUGGAAAAUGAUCGGAUAAUGGACACACCAUCAUCCCAGAAUCAUAGGGAGGAUUCAAACUCUCCUAAGCACAAGGAGCAAAAUACCCCUAGGAGAGGUACAGAACAUGAUCCAAUUUGCAUCGACAGCCAGUCAUCACCCAAGCGAAUUAGUCCUAGGACAAAGACCGCCAAAACUUUGAGGCCGUGA